UUAAUGCUUUUUUCACCCCGAUGUUUUGUUAAAGUGUUGUAGUGGAGGUUUACUACAGUAGUAGAAAGAGAGAAGCUCUGGCUCGUCCCGUCCGACGAUCAAGUUGUUGUUCGACCGCCCGACGGAACGGUUGUAUUCCCAUAUUCUACGCGAGUGAUUUUCAGUUCGAGUCUAGUGUGGAUGAUUUAGAGGUGAUACCAACCUACAUGGCUCUGGGUGCCUACGUCCGAUGAGACUGUACUUUUUGUUCUCGGUGUUGCAUGUGCUUGUGUUUCGACGACGUAUCGAAGGCAGGAAGAAACGGAUGAUAAAUUUGAAUGUGUGAAGUGUGAGAAGCCAGCGCAGCAUCUUGAAGAAGAACUGCAAGAGAUUUCGGAUCAUUGAUGAGUGAAUCGGUAAAGUGUGAAGAAGUGCGUUGUGAAUCUCUGUGGGGGUUAAAUCGAUUCAAUUAUUCUGGGAAGCUGCUGGCAGCGAAGAAACAAGAACACAGGUGAUAUUCAUCCUACACCAGUUACCGUGCUACCGAGUGGUGGCGAAAAAGUUUGUGUCUUUCGUUGAAGCUCAUAAAAAGUACAAAGGCAAUUCGCGAGAGAGGAAGGUGAAGGUCGUUCGUAUCAAGUGGCUUCGCGAAUCGAAACAGUUUCUGGAAGUGAGAAGCAUACAUCGCAGUUGCAAGUUUGGAGUGUGCAAGUGAUUACGGAAGUUCGAUCGAUUGCUGCGACGAUCGCGAGUGACAGAGAGCAAAACCCGCUCAUUCGGUUCAAGAUCAAUGCCAAAAGCGAGGGAGCAGUCCGAGUGCUAGACCGACGACAGAAGACACAACUACACUUCCCUUCGCCUGCCAACCACAGCGACAACCAGUUCAACCUCGUCAAGAUCAGUUGAUCUUCCCAUAAUGAGACUCGAUCGAUGAUCAGUGCGGAUUGGUGUAGUAGGCUUUUUAGUUUCGAUUCUAGUUUUAAUAUUGAUUGCGGUGUUCCGGAACUCCGCCCUUUCGAGUCACAAAAUAUCCUCUGGAUUUAAGAUUUCCAGCCACAGUCCGUCGCGAGUGAGUGAGUGCGUGUGUGGUGUGCGGCGGCUGCGAGGAAAUGAAACCUCCUCGAUUUACGCGACCAUUCGGAAGUUGGCUUUCCGUGACUUUGCUGCUGCUGCUAGUCGUAUUCGUGUCGUGUUUCGGCGCCGCCGAUAACGCGGGGUCCGGCCCAAGGCAAUACAAUCCCGCACAAUCACAACAGCAGCAACAUCAUAACCGAGUUCCUGCGCAUCAGAAUGAUCAACAUCGAACGAGUAGCAGUAGCGGAUCUCGAGGUGAUCCAGCUGCUGCAACUGUUAACACAGGGGACAGCCAGUCCGCUACAGCUGCGUCGUCAUCCGACGGUUCCAAAGCAUCGUCAUCGGCAGGCGGCGCGGGCGCCGGCAAUCGGAUGCUGGAGACACGCAAUUCCUACGCGGUGCUGAGUCAGGCCAUGUCACAAGCCGUCCACCAUGAAUUCGGCACCUAUGGGAGUGGCUCGGCGGACGGGGCCUGCAGUGCCGACGAUCUGGAAUGCAUCGCCCACCAUGACCACCUGGGAAUGGAGGCGAUCCGCAGUCUACAUCGGCAGCUGGAUGACGACGACAACGGUGACAUCGACCUGUCCGAAUCGGACGAUUUCCUGCGGGAAGAGCUCAAGUACGACAGCGGCUACGAGAAGCGGCAUAGGGCGUUCCAUUUCAACGACGACAUGCACAUCUCGGUGAAGGAACUGUGGGAAGCGUGGUUGCGCUCGGAAGUGCACAACUGGACGGUGGAUCAGACGACCGAAUGGCUUGCGCAGAGCGUUCAGCUGCCUCAGUACGUAAAGCUGUUCCGAUUGCACAAAGUUACGGGUAAGGUGCUGCCGCGGUUGGCAGUGAACAAUAUGCACUACGUUAGCAACGUGCUGGGGAUCAAGGAUCCGAUCCAUAAGCAGAAGAUUGCACUGAAGGCGAUGGACGCCGUGCUGUUUGGGCCGCCAAGAGAAACCGGCACCCGGUGGAAGGACUUGCUGUUAGUGACCCUACUGCUGACAGCCAUAAUCGGAAGCUGGUACGCCUACCAGCAGAAUAAGAACGCCAAAAUCCAUCUCAAACGGAUGGCUAAGGACGUGGAAGGACUGCUCAAAGCCGAGGUGGCACUGAAGGAUAUGCAGAAGGAGCUGGAACGUGCCCGCCUUGAGCAGGAGAACGUCGACAAAGAGAAAAUGGACCUGGAACGGCGCCUCCGGGAGGCACCGUCCACAUCGUCUUCCAAUUCGGACUUGGUAGUUCAAGAACUGAAACAGGAAAUCGAAAUGCUCCGCUCGGAGCUAUCCCGGGCCGAGGUGGAAAUCAACGACCACUGCUGGACGCCACCGCAGGGCCUCCAGAACUGGCUCCAGUUAACGUUCGAGUUGGAGAACAAACAUCACAUCCGGAAACGGGCGAUGGCCGAGAAGCAGCUGAUGCAGGCCCGGGAGGCCUGCGAGAAGCUCAAGCGGAAACGGUCGAGCCUGGUGGGGGCGUUCGUGUCGACCCACGGCAAGAGCAUUGAUGACGUGGACCGCAGCAUCGUGGAGGCCCGCAAUGCGCUGAACGAUGUGACCAACGAUCUGCAGGAGCGGAUGCACCGGUGGAAGAACAUCGAGACGCUGCUCGGGUUCAGCAUCGUGAACAACAACGGGCUGGCGUACCUGGAGAAUCUGCUGUACAACCGUAAUAGCGGGGGCGGUAAGAGCUAUCGAUCACGCCUCUCUAGCAGCCAGGACGACCUCGAUGACGACUCCGUGCAAGGUUUGUACGAUGGAAUCUGUAGGGGCGGACGGGACGAUUCGUCGGCCAGUGACGACGGUGACCGGGGCGACCGGGACACCGUGACCUUCAUCGUCGGUGGAUGUCCGGCCCCGCCCAAUCUGCAGAUCUCCACGUUGAACACACUGAACACCGGUAUCGUGUCGCCGGCCACGGCUUCCGCCUAUAUAAGCGCUGCCAUGAACAGUGGCCAUCACGCUGGGGGAGGAUCUUCGCAGUACUACCACAGUAGCGGCAGCAGCAGCAACCUGCUGAACCACUCCAGUUCCGUUUCCUCGACCACGCCCUCGUCACCGCUGUCGUACGGCAUGGGCGGUGGCCAUUCCUCGCCAUUCUCCAAUCACAGUCAGCCGCAGUCACCGCUGAGCAUGAACGACAGUUCGCACAGUCUGCAGGACGAAACUCUGAUCUCGUCUUCGAACGAGCGGAUCGUGCCGCCCCGUUCCAAGAAAGGCCCCGUCAAACAACCCACGAUAGCUUCGAGCAGCUUCGGCAAGACGCCGAUGCCCCCACCGCGCAAGAGCCUGUCUUCCCAGAGCCUCUUUUCGAUGGCACGCUCGGCCAGCUCGGACCUGGUCGCCCUGGAAUCCCCAUCGGUAUCUCUUCCACCGGCAUCUGCGGGCGUAUCGCCGACGUCGCCAGUCGCAGCUGUCGCGCAGCCAGGACUGGGAACAUCCGCCUCUGCGAUGCAGCUCCAGCAGUUUCACGAUAGCGGCGCCGCAACCGGUCCUAAUGACGGACGAAAUGGCGAAGCACGAUCUCUACUACAGUCAUCGGCGGGGGCAGCAGGGGACGGUGGCGUCUCUUCCAGCAGCCCUAAUAUCGCCUCGGCCAACGGUUCGAGUUCCGCUGCCGGGCCGGUCGGCCCCGCUGCUGCCGGGCGUAGCAAUAGCAGUAGUCCGUCCCCGGUCGGCUCCGGAACGGUCGCCCCGGCCGGACCCGAGCUGGACACCUACUCGACCGAUUCGUCCACCUUCGAUGAGGAAGUUAAGCGACGCCGGCGGAAGCUGCACUUCCCUUUCGGUAAGAAGUUUAGUAAAUCUAAGAAGACCCAAUGAGGAUGACGACGACCAUGGCGGCGACGGGGGAUCUCGGAAAGGUAAGUGGGAUAGCGAGCGACGGAAAAGUGUCUGACAACAACGGUGGAGCGAUGCAGUCGACAGGAUCCGUCGGAGAAAAGCGGCGAAAUGUGAUUUGAUGGCGUGGACUCGGAAAACCGGGUAGAGUCGAGUGAUAUCUGUUAUCGGCGAGUAAAUAAGGGUGUUUCUGUUUUGUUGAUAUUGAAUUUCCGUUUGAAUCUUGAAUGUUGCUGUUUUCUUAAUUAUUGUGACUAGUGAAAGAGAAGUUGUAUGAAGUUGAAUGGUUUGACGUAGCAGACUACUAUUGUGACAUCAGUUUGUUCAUAAAACAAUCAGGAAAACGACGAGUGAGAAGUUUGCAAUAACACAUGUCCCGUUUCCUAUUGUUGUCCUAAUGGAAACAUAACCUCAGAAUAUUGCAAAGUGUUCUUUUUUCAAGAAAUGAUCUGUAUCUGUUGGAUGUUUCCACAAGAUAAUGAAUUACUUAAAUUCGUGUAAUAUUGCGCAACUUAGUGAGGUAAAACGAGAAAUACAGAUCAUAAGUCAGACCAAAUUGUAAAACAAAAUAUUUAUGUGUACUAGAAGGA